AUGAGCGAUACUGAGAAUAACGGUCCGGAGAAGCCUGGGCCGAGCAAACAAAGAAACGCUACUCAAGAUGGCGGCAUAUCAACGGAAAUUUACCGCAUCGGUGUGAAAGUGCCUGUGUUUUGGCCGGAGAAACCUGCAGUAUGGUUCGCUCAAAUGGAAUCGCAAUUUAGUGUUUCGAAUAUUACUGCGGAUGCAACCAAGUACAAUUACAUCGUCGCGCAGCUCGAUUCGCAGUACGCCGCUGAGGUAGAGGAUAUAAUUGUUUCGCCACCAGCUACCGACAAAUACAAGAAAAUAAAAGAGGAGCUCAUCAAAAGACUCUCGGUAUCGCGGCAAAAGAAGGUAAAGCAGCUACUUAGCCAGGAAGAGUUAGGCGAUAGAAAACCUUCCCAGUUUCUCCACCACCUACGUCAUUUGGCCGGGCCGAAUAUACCUGAUGAAUUUCUUUUAUCUAUCUGGACGUCUCGCCUGCCAAGCAACUUGCAAUUCGUGAUCGCAUCGAAGCCCAAUGACCCAAUUGAAGAGCUCGCCGAGUUGGCCGACCGUGUUCACGACGUAGCAACUCCUCAAGUAGCAGCAGCAUCAGCGCCUGAUCCUCAAAUGGCUAUUCUCAUGCGGCAAGUGAGUGAGUUGACCAAGGACAUGAAAGCGCUCAAAAGUCAGCUCAAUAGUGACAGGCCGUCGCGAUCGAGAUCUCGUGCAUCGAGCAAGUCCCGCGCCCGCUCCAGCUCACAGAGGUCGCGGUCAAAUUACCAAAAGUUUCCUGAGUGCUGGUAUCAUGCGAAGUUCGGUGAGAAGGCAACAAAGUGCGUAAAACCGUGCGACUAUCAGGCGGGAAACGAAAGGGGCACUCGUUAA